CUUCGUUCCACACGGAUCCGUUCCCUUAUCUCUGUAAUUCAUCUCUUUCCUAUAUAUACCACCACAAGUAUCAACGCACAGAAGCACACAAGAUAUCUCCCAACCGAGCUCCUCGAACAAUCACAGAUCUCAAGCUUUAGGAUUUUGAUUUUCUACCUACAGACAAGAUGUCAGGUCGCGGAAAGGGAGGCAAGGGUCUAGGCAAAGGAGGAGCAAAGAGACACCGCAAGGUCCUCCGUGAUAACAUCCAGGGCAUCACUAAGCCUGCGAUUCGUCGUCUUGCUCGCAGAGGAGGAGUCAAGAGGAUCAGUGGUUUGAUCUACGAAGAGACCCGAGGCGUUUUGAAGAUAUUCCUGGAGAACGUGAUCCGCGAUGCUGUUACCUAUACUGAGCAUGCCAGAAGGAAAACUGUGACAGCCAUGGAUGUGGUGUAUGCCUUGAAGCGCCAAGGAAGGACUCUGUAUGGCUUCGGAGGUUAGGGCCUUGUUUUUAUGUGGGAAAAGUCUUGCUGUCAAGAAAUCAAUCGGUAGUGGUGGUUUGGGUUAUGUUUAGGAUGUUAUGGAAUCCCUAAUUAGCUGUUUAGGUGAUUUGGGCUUUGAUAUGUUUCUGCAUCUGUGUUUUAGGUUGUAAAUCGUCGGUUGAAUUGCAAUACAAAUGAAAGAGUUUCUUCGUUACUAUCA